AUGGAACGUCCAAUCGCCGGACCAGGCCAGUACCGUUACGGAUCACCACACUACAGUCUUGAGCCACACACACAAAAGCAAACCACGCAGUCGACAUACAUUAACCAGCUCGAUGCUAAUGACCACGAACUUGUCAUCAAAACCUACAGUUACAUGCCUAACCAGCAACUGGGGAACGGACGGAGCCUACCUCAAAACAUCUACCAGCACCAACCAAGCUACAUGACCGGUCCUUUCAAUGUGCCAAUCACACCCUCGUUCCCUGUCGAACAAUCAUUCUACAAUGGAUUUAUCAACGAACCUCCAGCUCCACAGGCAACGCAGUAUUGCUUUGUUCCGCUUGCUCCAAACGCCAACCUUGGUCCACCUUCAGCACCUUUGCAAUCUGCGCAGAACCCGGACCUCAAUCUAGACCCGGCAUUGCAACAUCCAUCCUACGAAUAUGCCCCCGCUAUCCCGCCGCCAACGUCAAAUGCAGGCUACUUGAGUCUCGGUGACCAAGCAUCACCAAGCGACUUCUAUCACGACGUUACGCAGCCAAAUCCUCUGCAAGCACAGAGCGGCUUUUAUCACGGUAUUCCCCAGCCAGGUCCUCUGCCAGCACAGAGUGACUUUUGUCAUGGCGUUGUUCAACCAAGUGCUCUGCAAGCACAAAACAACGCCUAUGACAGCGCUGAUCAACCAAGCCCUCGGCGAGCGCGAAAGCGUUGCCGAACUGGAUUACCAGAGCAUGACACCGCCCCCUCUGGAAACUCGUCCUUGCAACCGAACGCAGCACAGGUCGGGGGCGGUGGACUCUAUUACGAACAUGCUCGAGCCGAUGAAAGCGGCCGCGAUCCGACAACGGCAGGUGUACCUGCGAGAUGGCAAAAGUUCGACAGUAAAAUCAAGGAAACACUGUCGAACCCGAAUAAGCCGCCGACCAGUCGAGACAACAAGCCCCCCAUCAACGCGCCGGAGGAUUUCGAUGACCCCCAGCUGGUCGACGACUGCAAAUCCCAGAAGCUAGCAGUACCUGGCGGGUUGAAGUAUUCGGGCCCAGGAGAGGCUCGUUUCAUGGCGGGGGAAUCCAAGAGAUUGUUCCAUAAAAAGCCCGAAAGGUGCACCUAUCCAAACAACGAUGAGACGUUCCCACGGACUGAUGCGGAGUGGUGGUUCUGUGCCCUGCUGAUCUACAACGCCAUGGUCAACUGGGAGUCGUACCAGGAAUGGAUGAAAUGCUUGCCUGAGAAGCUUCGCAACAAAAAGCAGCAACUCCUCAUUGAAGAGUACAGAAGGCGCAGGGAGCGACGUGUUGAGAUCUUGCAAGCCAGACAGUCCAACAAUGCCUCCAGCUCAGAUGGCGGAUCAAUCCGAGCCGACGAGGCGGACCACGAAGAAGUCAAUAGGCCGAUUCCCGAGCUGGCCGACCUGCUGCCCACCCCUGAGGAGGUCGAGGAUAUGCCAUCUCUUGCAGAUCAGCAAAAAAAAGUCCUAGGGAGAACUCUGAACACGGAGACAGCUAGCGAAGAAUCUUGGCGGCUUCUCAAGUGUGCUUUUGAGGCUCAACAGGGUCGUUCGGGUGCGCGUCCAGGGACCGGGAAGGAUGGCUCCUGGGAGUCGUAUCCAAGCUUCCUGGAUCGCAUCCUUGCUAUAGUUAACGUUCUUAGAACGACGAAGCAAGUCGUCAAAGAUCUUCUGACUCUGGGAGAUGGAGGGUCGCAACGCCUUGCCAACAGCCCCUAUGCGGCACAGGCCAGCAAGGGCGAAAAUUUGAAGAACAACGUGGGGAAGAAAUUCCCCAAGUCGAAGCUGAAAGCCGAAGCCACCGAGAAGGCCGAGGGGCCGGGAAAGAAGGCGAACACGCCUGAGCCCAAAGGCUCAACCUCCAACUUUCAACAUCUAGGGGAAGCCGGAGAAAGCGGCCUCUCUUUUGUGGACGCUGACGACUCUCGUGCGGACCCAAGUCUAGAGAAUGAGGGUGAACCCAGCCGCGAUCUGCUGACUGCGGGUGAUCAUACCCAAUUAGAAGGUCACUCUAAAGACAACGCGGAGGCUGCAGUUCUAGAAUACUUAAGACAGCCGUAA